UCUCGGCAUCCGCGGGUCGUUGGUAAUUGUCUACUAUUUCUAGUCCUUCGACUCUCUAUACACGAUCGUUCUUUCGAAAAGCGAAUAUCAGAGAAGGCUCUCAAACUGUCUUUCCAAUCCUUCCCUCACGUCCUAAGCAGUCUAACAUAUUCUCACCCCGUUUCACAUAAAGCUUGUCGAGUCCACAGUCUCAUAUUCUUUAUCAUCUCAAUAUCUUAUCAGCCGCUCUUCAGCCAAAAUGAAUCUUAAGCAGAAGAGAGACACGCUCAAGCGUAACGCUGGCUUCGAUGGUACCAUUACCCUCUUGGGCAACACGCACAACCUUGGGAUCCCUGACGCGGAUUUCCGCCAUGAGGUUUAUGCUGAUACGGAUGCGCCGGUCCAAGAGAAGAAGCCAGCGCCGAAGAAGGAGAAGCUCGAUAUGAAGGCGCUGCUUGAGGAGGCCGAGAUAGGGGAUCCCUCGACGCCUAGCACAUCCGCACCUGCAAAAAAAGAUGAUGAAGGGAGGGCUGCAGAGGGCACGCCCUCUGGCGCAGCGGAAUACGACCCCGCAGCACCACAAAUGGCGCUCCCCGAUCUCCUACGAAAAAUCCAAGAAAACUCACGCAUUCGCGCCGCCCGCGACGCCACGCCGUGCUACACGCAUAAUCCGCAUCUCCUCAACCACGCCGUCGCCGGCGCCCCCUACACGCACUCCCUCUGCCGCCGCUGCGCGCCCCGCCGCAAAUGCCGCCAGCACCGAGAGAUGUUCACGCAGCAGACGAGCAUCUCGCUGUGCCCGCACAGUUACAUGACGCUGUACUGGGCGGUCAAUGAUCCGGAUAAUCGGAGAUGUAGUUGGAAGUUGGAGAUUAGGGACUAUUGGGGGAGGAGUGAGUGGGAGGAAAGGGAGGGCAGGAGGGAGCAUGGGGGGUGUAGGGUUUAUAGGCCGAGGGAGAGGGUGGAGAGGUUAGUAAGUAGGGUGCUGUGGGAUAUGAGGGCGGAGAGGGAGCCGCUUAGGGGGAAUGAGAGGGUGGUGAGGGAUGAGCUGUAUGCGCUGCUCGGCGCUUGGGAGCGUGCGAAUAUGCUGAGGGUAGAGAGGCAAGAGAGGAGGAAAGAGCAAGAAAGGCGGGCUCAAGAGAAGCUUGCUGAGACGCUGAGGGUCAUUCAGGAGAUAAAGGAAAAGGAGGAGGCGAGCAAGAAGCGCAAGCGUUCCGUCGAGGAAGGCGAAGUGGUGGAGAGUGUAGAGGUCGGACACGUGAACAAGAAGGCAAGAGCGGAAUCUCUCAAACCUUCAUCUACCCAGCAGCCGACUCCUCCAAAGUCUUCCUCGCCGACGCCCGAGCCAGUCAAGUCUGCCACUCCACAGCCUGAAUCUUUCCCGCCCGCGGCAGACGUAUCGCCCGAGCCUACCGUUCCAUCAUCUCUAAAAUCUGUCUUAUCCACGCCUGAACAGACACAACUUUCUCCUCCCACUGCACGUAUUAGCCCUCCGAGCUCCGCAUCCAACAAACUUAAGCGCUCCAUGUCCUCUUCUCCCACCCCUUCAGCAAAGAAAUCCAAGAAAGUGCGUUGGGCAGAAGACAUCGAGGCCUCACAUGAUAUUGAGCAUCCUCGCAUCAUGUCGCCGGUAUAUAUACGCGAAGAAGACAAAGGGAGGUUCUCGCCGGUUGAGGUUGUGGGUAGGGAUUUCGAGGAUGAGGUCGAUUACGAAGACGGAGAUUUGGACUGAAGGAGCUAAAGCGGUAAUAACAUAGCGG